AUUAAUCUGACAUUUGACUCAUUCACCACCUUCGGAGAAUUCAAAACAUCACAACACAAAUUGGAUUAUUUUCUCGAUUUUCAAUGAAAAACGAGUUUUUCCUGCGGAUAAAAUGACCGACCUCAAAUCGCCCACAGAAGAACAAAUCGACGAGUACCAGCCAGCAUGUUCCCGUGAAAGUAUGCUGAUAACAACCGAUUCGUUUGAGGAAUUUUCGCGAGAAAUGAGUGCUAGUUUGAAGGGGCUCGAGAACAAUGGACAAAAUGCCAGUAACAUCGUCGAUAUUCAAAGUGAAAAUAAGGCGGGCGUACCAGCCAGUAGUGUUGAUGCCGACGACGGUGAAGUGGCACAGCUUAGCAAUUCGAAAGCCUCGUCGACCUUGAGCCUAGUACCGAAUGAACCGAAUGGCGGUUCCAGUGACUGUGAUGAUUAUUUACAUGACACCAAUUGGUUGAACAAACAGGAACAUGUCUUUAUACUGAGCAUGGCUGGAAAACCAAUUUAUUCACUCCAUGGCAAUGAGGACAAAUUGGCAACGCUAUUUGGAGUGAUGCAGGCGUUAGUCAGCGUUGUUCAAUCGAACAACGACACCAUAAUGUCGAUACAAGCUCGAGGUAUUCGGUUUGUGUUUCUAGUCAAAUCGCAGCUGAUUCUGGUCGCAGUUUCGAGGAAAACGAAAAGCGUACAACAGAUUCAGAUGCAGUUAACAGAUGUUUACAAUCAAAUACUGUCGACACUGACGUUAUCACACAUGAACCGCAUAUUCGAACAACGAAAAAAUUUCGAUCUUCGUAGAUUGUUGGGCGGCAGCGAGAGAUUAAUCGAUAAUUUAUUGGAGUGCGGUAAAAGUAACAAGAAAAUAUCAAAUAAUCCGUUCAUAUUCCUGACGCAUUCGGUUCGCAUAUUACCAUUAAGUUCGGCUGUGCGUGAGACCAUCACUAGUGCCAUUCAAAGCAACUGUUCCAAAAUUAAGAAUUUAGUAUUCGCCGUAUUAAUAGCAAAUAACAAAUUGAUAUCGUUAGUUAGAAUGAAGAAAUAUUUUAUUCAUCCGGCGGAUUUGAGAUUAAUCUUCAACCUAAUCAAUAGUUCCGAAAGUUUCAAAACCGGUGAAAUUUGGUCACCAAUUUGCUUACCAAAAUUCGAUUCCAAUGGCUACCUAUACACGCACGUUUCCUACCUAUCCGACGACUGUCAAGCAUGUCUGGUUCUACUGACAGUCGAUCGGGAAGCUUUCUUCCCGCUAUCCGAGGCUAAAACCAAAAUUACCGAAAAACUGCGCCGGUCACAGUGCUUAAAAGCGAUCAACGAUGCAAUGCAUAAAGGAAUCAAUUUGCGAACGAUUGGCAUACCGGAAAUUCGACACUUUCUGUACAAAUCAAAGUCGAAUGCUCAGCUGCUGUGCUCGGAGGUGACUAUGCCGUACGAUACGGCUGAAGGUUUCGAACGACUGGAGUCGUUGUACUAUGACAUUCAUAAUCGCAUUCACAGUAAUAAUCGACCGUUGAAAUUAAUUCUGGAGACGAGAGAAGAAGAAAUCAUGUUGGCAUGGGUGACCAGUGGCUACGAAUUGUAUGCAACAUUCGAACCGAUGAUCGAUAACAAUACGGUCAUAGCGUUAGUCAAUAAAUUGCUCGGUUGGAUCAAAAAAGAGGAGGAACUUUUGUUCAUAUUGAAUGCGCCAACAUUUUAAAAAUGAUUAUUCGAUUUCGGCACAGGCAAUAAAGCAAUACGUAUUGAUACAAUCCUGACUGGCGCCGGACUGAUGGCACAGAGAGUAUUUUUCAAGUUUAAAUUUUGUUUUUUCCCGUUGAUUAUAAAGACAAAUUUUUAUUUUUUAUUAUUUUAGAAUAAAAUUAAUUUACAGUUGA